AUGCCCUUGAUCAUGGAGGAGGGUAUCAAUGUGGAUGACCUCUUUGGGGAGCCCAACUCCUUGGAGCUGGGCCUGCCGUCCGCCUCUCCCAUCAAAGGGCUAGCACAAUGUUUAGAUGAAAUGCGCCUACUAGGCUGCUGCCAAAAAAUUGCAUGGUCACGAUUGGGCUGUAUUGCGUCCAUCUCCUCGGACAGGCUCCGAGUGAUUGUGCGCUUUCUCCAGUGCCGUCCCUCAGAUGGCAAAUGGGUGCUGGGAGAAGAAUCGCCCCUGACUCCAGUCAUGGAAGCCCACAACGGGAACCAACUGGCCCAUCUACUAUGGAACGAGACUGGCUCGGACCUGGCUGUCGUCGACUGCUCGGGUCGCAUCUCCAUAUAUUCCAUCUCAAUUGCACUGAACAGCAUCACAGGUCUGCGACAAGCAGCAUUUGAUUCCGGUGAUGAUGGAAGCCAAGUCGUGGGAAUGAUGUGGCUCAACUCCCAACGCUCAAUUCACUCCUUUCACCAAGGAGCCAAGGUCAAUGGACGGUGGGCAUACUCGCCAUUUCGGCGACGACCUAUCGGGCCUUUCCACCCCAUCAAUAAAGGCGCCUUGCUCAGCGUCACUAGGGCCGGCCAGAUGAAGUUGAUAUAUCAGAACCCCGACAGCAAAUGGGCCGAGCUGCCUAUUGAACUUAACAAUACAGGAUCAUCAGAAAUGCUGUUGACACAUGCGUCCAUGACUGCCACACAAGCCGGCAUCCUGCUCGCAACAUACUCUGCAUGUCAGAAGCUGUGCCUGUACAGGGUUCAGGUAACCUGGAACCCACCGCAGUGGGACCCAUCGCAGGCCAAACAGCCAGGCCAAUACCCUGUUCCCAGUGUCCGUUUGAUCCACUGCAAGGUAGAUAUGCCAAGCAACAUAUUGAAUAUCAACCGUGGCCUCGACCACCCAGAUCUCUCGUCACAAUUCUCGAACACCGUGUACUCAUUAACACGACUGGAGAUCAUGCCGGGACAGGUAGAGAGCCCUCCUGGGUCUUCAGCCAAUCCUUGGAUCCUGGCUAUCUUCUCGAAACCUAUACAUGCUCCACAUGAAUACCAAGAGCAGGUUGGUCCAUCGAGUGUCAUUGUUAGAUGGCACUUGGAAUCCGCGCCGCAGAUCCUUCAUCCCAAGUUCGAUGAAGUGGCGUUGAAAAAAGGCAACACUCAAGCAAAGCCCCAAAUGGAAUUGCGCCGGCUGGAAGAUAUCCAUUGUGACAAGUACAUCGUAUCAGCCGAGUUGGUGGAAUAUGGAACAGGAUUGGCCAUCACCCACGAGGACGGCUCAAUAACUUGCUAUGAUACGAGGACGAUGGUUCCUUUCAGCGGGAAUGAAGAUUCAAGCACAGUGACGUGCUUAGCCCAAGCGGGCUAUCAGUAUCCGGUCGAACAAUCAGGUCUCCAUAUUACCUUCUCCCCUAAUUCCUGUGUUGCCGUCACACUGGACAGUGACGGACAGACGCAGCUGAGAGUGAUGGAGCACUCCUUCGGUUCCACAGAAGGUGUUUACGAUGAGAGUAUGUGUUUUCAGAGCUGGUUCUCCGGCCCCGAGGCUAAUUCAAAAACAGACAAAUUUUCAGCUGCCGUUGCGGCCUUGACAUUAGCAUUCUGUCGGGGAUGUGGAGGGGAUUCUAAUACGGACGACAUCGUCAUGGUUUCCCUCAGACAACUAUCACCAGAGGCCCAAGUCACAUUUAUCAGUGAAGUGUACCGCGCGCUGCCUGUCAAUUGUAAUUUUACUGCCGAACAGGACAAACUUAUGAGCCAUCCAUACAUACCCCGGUGUCUCAGCCUACAAGCCGCGCUCGGCUUUAAAGGCAAGCCAAAGCAGCGCAACCUGGCAUCGGCCGUGCCAUGGGCGAUUCUUCAGCUUCGCCAUGCCUCGGUCUUAUAUGCCUACUUCUUCCAGUACAACAAAGCUGGACAAAACGAAUCGCUCGAUCCAGAUGUUCUACGCAUGGUAUUAGGCAACACCAAGUGGACGCUGGAUUUCUCCCACUUCAUUCUCAAUGAAAUCAUCGACCUAGCAGAUGAAUUCGAAGACAGCUUCAACGACCCAGAAGCAUUCACUCAAAAACGUAAGUCUCAACCGACCCAAUGCACAAAUCCCAAUCUAACAACCGCAGUGAAAGGCACAAACUCACUCCCACUCCUAAUCCUCCUUUCCAGCAUGUCUCGAGCCUUCCUCCGCUUUACCUGUCGUGGCCUGCGCGGCGUCCACACCGGCUUCGCAACCGCAAACCCCGCCACCCUCCUAGGCGACUCCAGAAUCCUAUACACAGAGAUCUGCCAAACGAUUGAAUCCUCACCAGUCCGCAUAGACGUCUACGAAAAGUUCCUCGCAGGCGUAGACUCAGCCGUGAAACACGCCUACCAAGGCGCAGGCUUCGGCGACGCCGAAAGACCAGGUCCAGAAAAGGAACUUCUCGUGAACGCACGCAUCCCACCCGUUCUCACGACCGCCGUGGCAACCCUGCUGCGACAAACAGUGCCGGCGCUGAAGUCCGAGAUCAACCGUAUGGCCAUCUACCUGGGUGACUAUAGCUGGCUUGGGUUUGGGAAUGAUCGGCGGACUGCGUUGUAUCGGAAACAGCGGGAGGUGGACAUUCUCAAGAAAUGUCCAUUGAGACCGCCUUUGCCGCUGGGUAGUGAUGGGCGUAUGGCGCCGCUUAAGAAGCGGAGGUGUGCGCGGUGCUGUGAGGUUUCUGGGGAUACGAAUUUGCCUAGGUCGCUUUCGUCGUUUAAGAUGAUUGCCAAGUUGGGAUUGUUGAGGUCUUGUCUUUGUGGGGGGAUGUGGAUCCUUCAGACGGAUGCUGGGGAGAUGGGGAAUCUGGGUGUGAAUGGGGUUGGGAAUGGAGAUGGUCAGAACUAG